AUGGCGUCUGCGGUUACAUUGGAAAGGAAUAAUGAUCAACAACAAAUUGCUUCUAGACUUCCUCAAUUUCUAGCUGCUCUCAUAGCUAACCUUGGAGGAUUCAUUGUUGGUAGCAGUCGAGGAUGGACUUCAACGUCACAGUACCCCUUGGUACAUGAGCAAGAAUAUGGCUUUUCCAUAACUACUUAUGAGUUUGCGUGGAUUGGGUCAGCAGUUGCCAUAGGAAACUUCUUUGCCGCACCUUGUUUAGGUUACAUUAUGAGCAAGUUUGGACGUAAAAGGAUGAUGAUGGCGAUGUGUUUUCCUGCAGCUUUAGGUUACGCCUUGGUAGCAGUAGCCCACAGCGUGAAAACUAUGUAUAUUGGAAGGAUUAUGACAGGAAUGUGUGUCGGAGGAUAUUUUAUUAUUGUUCCUCUCUACACGGCUGAAAUAGCGGAGACUCAAAUUAGAGGCACUCUGGGUACCUUCCUCCAGGUUAUGAACGCUUCAGGCAUACUGUUCACUUAUAUUGUUGGAAGCUUGGUACCUGUGGUAUCCCUGACAGCAUUUUGUUUAGCAAUAGUAGUAGUUUACUUUUUUUUACUCAUAUGCAUCCCAGAGUCUCCUAUUUACUACCUGCUACAAAACAAUGAAGAAGAUGCUAGAAAGUCUUUACAGUGGUUGCGAGGAAGCCAUUACAACAUUGAUGUAGAACUUGCUGUGAAGAAACAAAAUAUUGACGAAAUGAAAGCAGCCAAACUGAAAUUCAUUGAAGCCUUUUCCACCAAAGCUGCCAAAAAAGGAUUGGUCAUCUGUUUAGGACUUGUGUUAAUCCGGCAGUUUAGUGGUAUGCCUGGUAUCAUAUACUACAAUACCAAAAUAUUUCACGAGGCUGGUUUUUCCUUGAGCCCCAACAUACAGACUAUUCUUCUAGGCUCCUUAAACCUUGUAUUCACUAUGGUGUCCUCUACGGUGGUUGACAAGCUCGGUCGUCGACCUCUAUUGUUCAUCUCUGGAGCAGGAAUGGCUACUUCUACGUUCUUUCUUGGCCUCUUCUUCUUCCUCAAAGAUAGAAAUUACGACCUUUCGUCAAUUGCUUGGUUACCCCUAGUUAUUAUUUGUAUCUUUGUAAUCUCAUUUUCUUUGGGGUUCGGACCCGUUCCGACAGUACUUUUUGGUGAAACGUUUCCAAGAAAUAUCGCAACCCAUGCUCUUUCAGUCGUUUUUUGUCUCAGUUCUUUUUCACUCUUUAUAGUCACAUUUUAUUUUGAAGUAAUAAGUUUAGCGAUCGGCAGAGGAGUUCUUUUCUUUAUCUGUACAACCUGCACUUUGGUAGGUAUUUUGUUUGCACAUUUUUUUGUUAUUGAGACAAAAAACAAACCUUUAGAACAAAUUGUAAAGGAGUUGGGAGAAUAGUAAAUUACAGUAUUAUGUUAUAGCCCAAGUCUAUACACAAACAAAUCAUUCAAGAGAUUCUUUGGGGUAUCUGUGCCUGAAUGUUUUUAACAGAUACUCACACUGGUCUGUUGUCAUAAUAUUUUAAUUUUAUACUUGUCCAAGGAAACAUUCUCCUAUAACGUUUGUGUCUGUGACUUUUUAGAAACCAUAUACCGGUAGGCUAUAUAUACAGGGUGAGUUUUAUUUGUCCCCCCCCCCAACUUUUUUCUACAUUUUUUCAAAUAUCAAUCCCAGACUACUUCCAAACAUUGUUGGGUAGUAAGUACUUCAUUUUGACAAGGUGGUCAUUUCCGGCCGCGUUCUUGGAUCCGCCAUAUUGGAUGCAAAAUAUUUUUUUCAAAUGUAAAGGUGGAGUUGUGACCCAUUAUUUCAAACUAAAUUUUUACCUUGAUUACAAUGCCACAAACCGUUUUUAAAAAUCUUGAUCCGUUCCAAAGUUA